AGGCUGCAGAAUGUUUUGCUCCAGCUCAUCCCAGCCUGGCGUGGGACAGGGAAGAGAAAUGGCUGCAGUGGAGUCAGUCCAGGGGCCGGUGACCUUCAAGGAGAUGGCUAUGUAUUUCACCAGGGAAGAGUGGGCUCUGCUGGACCCCACUCAGAGAGCCCUCUACUGGGAUGUCAUGCAGGAGAACUAUGAGACUGUGACCUCGCUGGGCCAGAGAAUAACAUCCAUGUUUCGCUGCAGAUCAUCUCGUCCUCCCAGGGGCAAGGAAAUGGCUGCAAUGGAGCUGGCUCAGGGGCCGAUGACCUUCGAGGAGGUGGCUGUGUAUUUCUCCAGGGAAGAAGGGACUCUGCUGGACCCCACUCAGAGAGCCCUCUAUAGGGAUGUCAUGCAGGAGAACUAUGAGAUGGUGGUCUUGCUGGGUAAGGAUUCCUGUCCCUUCUGUUCUUGGAAGAGGAAAUGACGAGUGAAGGUUCAUGCCACCCCCACAAUGCCAUCUGUACCCUGUCCUGUUUCAGCAUCACCCCAAUAGGCCAGUGACACACAUACUACCGGAGACCCUCCUCUGCUGCAGAACACUUUGGGAACAGAGCACAGGAGCAGUAUCACACAAUGUCAAAUAUCUCCUCUUUACUCAAGUAAAACUGGGGGUUACGUCCAGCAUAAUGAACAGAAGCUUCCUACCCCCAGCCUUCUCUCAAACCCUGAGCCUUCUCUACCCAAACCAGAAUGUGCUUGGGGUGUAACAAGCAGACGGCUGGAAUCAGAGCUGCCGGUCCAGGGUUACUUAUCA